CAGUUAUGUCGGGAAUUCCAAUCAACCGCCGGAUGCUCGGUGUGGCCGCUGCGACUGCUGCAGGAAUUCCCUUCGCAGUUGCCGGGUUCCUGCGUCUUAAGUAUGGUGCAACUAUCUUUGCAGACCUGCUGGAACUUUGCAAACGUCUUCGUACGAUCAGAGAAAUCGAAACAUUGCUGAGCAAGAAUGUCAGAGUCAUUGACGUCUUUGAAGCCCACGCGAGGCGAAUCCCGGAUAAAGAGUUCAUCCUGUACAAAGAUGAAAUACUCACAUACGCUGAACUGGACAGACAGGCUAACCAACUCGCCCACUUUGUCCAGCGAAGCGAGGUGGCAGCUUGUAUGAACACCGUGGCGAUAUUCAUGCAGAACGAGCCCACUUUCAUUGUGUCGUGGCUGGCUUUCAACAAGGUAGGGCUGAGAAUCGCGCUGUUAAACUACAACCUGAAAGGUGAUGUCCUCCUUCAUUGCAUCAAAGCCUGCAGCAUGAAGAUGAUUGCGUGUGGAAAUGAUGACCGUCUCGUGAAAGCCUUAGCUGACCUGAUGCCCGAACUCAAAGCCCUCGGUGCUAAGGUCUGGGUUGUAGGGAACGAUCUUGAUCAGGAUCUUCCCUUGGGAAUGAUUCCAGUUGAUGUGAAGACGUUGAAUGAGAGCAGUGAUCCUAUACCAAGGAGUGUCCGAGAUCAGCAGCGGGCCCAGGACGAUGCACUGUACAUCUUCACUUCGGGGACAAGCGGUCUUCCUAAGCCGGCGAAAUGCCCUCAUACGCAGCAGUUGAUUGGAUCGUACAUGCAAGCAUCACUUGGGCUGAACAGUGUGGAUGUGUUGUAUCUUUCUCUGCCUCUAUAUCACAGUGCAGCUCUCAUCGUCGGCUUCUUUAAUGUUGUGAGAGUUGGAGGAACUGUGGCCUUGAGUGACUUCUCAGCUCGGAGAUUCUGGGAUGAUGUCAGCAGAUAUCGAGCCACAGUCAUCCAGUACAUUGGGGAAAUUUGCCGUUACCUUGCAGCUCAACCAACGCGUACAGAUGACGGUAAGUACCCUCACAAAAUCCGCUACGCUAUCGGCAACGGUCUGCGGCCCGAUAUAUGGGUAGAAUUUCAGAGGCGAUUCAACAUCGGCCACAUAGCUGAAUUCUACGGUGCCACCGAGGCGACAUACGCUACAAUAAACCUAGACGGCAAAGUUGGGAGCGCUGGAAGGUACCAUGGUUUAUUUCGGGCAUUAACUGACAUCAUAGUCCUCGUUCAGUGCGAUAUAGAGACAGCUCGACCGCUUCGUGGUCCAGACGGCAAGUGCAUCUUGACGCCCCCAGGUGAGACUGGUCUGAUGCUAUUUCGGCUCACUGAUGAGACUGCCUUUCACGGUUAUUUGGCAAAGGAGACAGAGACGGCAAAGAAACUUGUGAGAAAUGUCAAGAAAAACGGUGACUUGUUCUUCAACUCUGGCGAUCUGAUGGUACACGACAAAGAUGGUUACCUAUAUUUUAAGGACAGACUUGGAGACACAUUCAGAUGGAGAGGCGAAAAUGUAGCGACAACAGAAGUAGCUCUUGUCUUGAAUCAGUACCCGGGCAUAGACGAAAGCAAUGUGUAUGGCGUCAAGGUACCAGGCCGCGACGGCAGAGCGGGUAUGGCGGCAGUCGUCUUGAAGAUAGAACAUCGUCUUGAUCCGAAGGCCUUCUACGAUCACGUGGUCAGGUCACUGCCGUCCUACGCAUGUCCAAAGUUUCUGCGGAUCAUGGAAAAGAUGGACAUCACAGGGACAUUCAAGCACAAGAAGACUGACCUUGCCCGAGAGGGAUUUGACCCCAAUGUCAUGUCAGACCCUCUCUUCUUCUUGGAUGAGGAGAAAAAGACUUACGCACCCUUGGACAAGGACGCCAUGCGAAGAAUUGUCAUUGGACAGGCAAGGCUGUAGACAGUGAGAUACAUGCUUCGAAGGUUGUGGUCGUUCUCAACUAUUACUACAAUUUUAUCUGGUCUCGAGGUGUUUCUUGUACUGACUUAAUAGCAUUAAACUGUCACUUUAAAAAUUUGCACUCGAAAAUCAAGGGACUUUGAACCAAAUUGAUGUACGUAUAUCAGAAUACCUGGACACGAAGUGAAAUAAUCUGCUACUUGGUACACAUGUAUGAUAGAUACAGAGACUUUACAUGCCAAGAUAUUGCUUUGCUUGAAUGCUAAGUGGAUGUCAAAUCCCAUUAAAGUUCGAACAGGAAAUGUUCCGUUGGACAUGUCAGCAAUUCCAAUGGGCACGGUCGGUUAUCUCAACUGAACGCCGACUGGGAACAGCUGUUCUUAUUGUUCCAUUGGACGUUUCCAUACUUUUCGAGCACAUAAUGCCUAGGGGAACGGUCUAACAGAUCGUUCUGAUGGAACAGUUGAAAAGAACGAUUUCCGUUUCGACGGGUACACAGAUGGAACGGUCCAGUGAUCAUUCCUGUUCCGAAUUUUGAUAUGCUCCCUAACAUAUGUAUGUCAAUAUUAAUUAAGAAACAAAUAUUACAAGAACACUGUAAGACUCUGGGAUUUUUUCGAGAAUUUUAAUUGGUGGAGAACAGAAAGAAGGGUCAGUUUAAUUGGAAUUGCUCCUUUCUUUCAACAGAGGCAAUAUUUACUUGUUUUGCACUUUGCCGAAAGUGCCCAAAUGACAUGUUGUGCAUAAUCGAUCAGGUGUAUAUUCAGUUUGGGUCCACCGGUUCCAUGAUCAAAAUUGCUAGGAAAACUUCGAGCAUGGUAAAGCUGAAACCAGAUUCCAGUUAUAUUUUCGGGUUCUAAUAAUCUUGCAACACCCUGUAAAAGAAAACAAAUAUAAACUUAAAGUGACAGUCCAAGUUAAAUUACAAGUGAAAGUAAAUUACUGACUUUUAAAGGCAUACUGUCUUGUCCGUAAUCACAAGUGCCAUUUUCCGUGUUUUGUUUGUUUGUUCGUUUGUUUUUAUUUUAUUUAUUUAUUUUUUUUUUGCAGUUUAGGUCUAAUGUCUAUAUAAUUGACGUCGUACAGGAAGUAGACUUACCUGUGGUGAUAACAGUGAAAAAUAAAAAGUGCCAAAAAUGACAAAUAAUAGCCCCAUUAAUUUUUCGGAUAGUAAGCCUGCAUAUUAAUAUUAUUUGCAUACGUAAUUUGUAUUUGCUGCAAAUAGGCUCGUUCAACGUCUUAAUGUAAAAGAUUUUUUUGUCAGUAUGGCUUGAUUUUUCCCGAGUUCGCCAACUCGAGUA